AUGGAUUCUUCAAGAGCAGGACAUAAGCUUGAGGCAGCCAUCAAAGGAUUUGCUAUUAAUUGUGAUGGAAAGAUAGCCCUUGAUUCAGGAUUAUCUACAGGUGGCUUUACUGACUGUUUACUUCAGCAUGGAGCAUCACAUGUCUAUGGUGUAGAUGUUGGCUAUGGACAGGUGGCUGAAAAAAUUCGCACACAUGAACGUGUUUCAGUGAUUGAACGCACAAAUUUAAGAUAUCUGUCUCAACUGCCAGAACCAGUUGACUUGGUGACACUGGACCUAUCAUUUAUCUCCAUUCUCUUGGACAUGCCUGCUGUUAUCAAAGUAAUGAAGACGGAUUCUACAUUGAUAACACUUAUCAAGCCUCAGUUUGAAGCACGUAGAUCACAGGUAGGAGGUGGAGGGAUUGUUCGAGAUCCUCUGGUUCAUAAAGAGGUACUGGAUAGAAUAAUUUCAGGCGUGGAAGAAUUUGGAUUCUGCAAUAAGGGUUGGAUCGAAUCUCCUAUAAAGGGUGCAGAAGGGAACAAGGAGUUUCUUGCUUGCUUUCACAGGAUCCCAAUAUCAGAGUCACAGCCAGAGGUAGAGGCAAAGGAACCUACAACCUAG